AUGGACCAUAAUUGGAAAUUUUCCCAAUGCUUCGGCGAUAAGGGCGAUAUUGAGAAUAUCACCGAGGCCGACAUAAUCUCCACAGUAGAGUUCGACAGCACGGGCACGUUCUUGGCCACCGGUGAUAAGGGCGGCCGUGUGGUGUUGUUUGAGAGAAACGGCAGCAAGAAAAAUAGCUGCGAGUACAAAUUUUUUACCGAGUUUCAAAGUCACGAUGCGGAGUUUGACUACCUCAAGUCGUUGGAGGUUGAGGAGAAGAUCAACAAGAUCCAAUGGUUGCGCUCUCUGAACAACCUGUUGUACCUCUUAUCGACCAAUGACAAAACCAUAAAGUUGUGGAAGAUCAUGGAGAGACAGGUGCGUCUUGUCAGCGAGAAUAACUUGAACGGGUUGGAUCACUUACCGUCUGGCAAAACCAACGUUGGAGACUUGCGUUUACCAAAAACGACCUUCCACGACAAGUUGAUUCUGGCACAGCCGAAAAAAAUUUACUCCAAUGCCCACGCUUACCACAUCAACUCCAUUUCGGUCAACUCUGACCAGGAGACAUACCUAUCGCUGGACGACUUGCGCAUCAACUUGUGGAACUUGGACAUCUCAGAUCAGUCUUUUAAUAUCGUUGACAUCAAGCCCACUAACAUGGAGGAGCUCACGGAGGUGAUCACCUCAGCCGAGUUCCACCCGCAGCAUUGUAACCUAUUCAUGUACUCGCUGUCCAAAGGCACGAUCAAGUUGCUGGACAUGAGAUCCAAUUCAUUGUGUGAUACACACGCAAAGAUCUUUGAGGAAUAUUUGGACCCGGCGUCGCAUAAUUUUUUCACGGAGAUCACCUCCUCCAUCCUGGAUGUGAAGUUCUCUCAUGACGGACGUUACAUCGUUAGUAGAGACUACAUGACCGUCAAGCUCUGGGACUUGGCCAUGGAGAGAAAGCCUGUGGCCACAAUCAAUGUUCACGAGCACUUGAGGGAUCGCUUGUGCGACACGUACGAGAACGACGCAAUCUUUGACAAAUUCGAGGUACAAUUUGGCGGCGACAACCGCUCAGUCAUGACAGGCUCCUAUAAUAACAACUUUAUGAUAUAUCCUAAUGCUGUUAAUGCCAAUUCUUCAGGCAAUUCAGGAAAGGGUUUGGACAUGUCGCUGUUUUCGCUUAAAAAGGGUCAGAGAGAAAGUGAUGACGAAGGUAAGAAUGGAGCUCAAAACCAUGACGAUGAUGACGAUGACGAUGACGAUGACUCUGAAGAAGAUGCUAAGCUCUUUGCUCCUCCUGGUCAAGGGUUCCCACAAUCGCCUAAGCCUGGUGAGGACGAGCAGGAAGAAAUCAUUUUGCAGGCGGACAAGUCUGCUUUCAAAUCAAAGAAAUCUGGUCAGGAUGGCACCACACGUCGGAGGAUGAUGAGCGGAGUGGGCAGUGGCAGUGUGGACAAUGACUACAUUGAUUUCAAGAAGAGCAUUUUACAUUUGUCGUGGCAUCCGCAAGAAAACCUGGUUGCCAUUGCUGCCACAAAUAAUCUUUACAUCUUCUCGACGUUGUAA